AUGGAGGUGAGCAUUGUGUCCCCAUCUGCUGCCUCACCCACUGAAGGAGAUGAUCUGUGUGAGACAGAUGUCCCCAGCAUGGCCACACACAGUGUGACACUGCUCAUCUGCCUCUGUGGGCUGGCUGGGAACGGGGCUGUGCUCUGGGUCCUCGGGUUCCGCAUCCACAGGGACACCAUGAAACCCAUCACUGCCUACAUCCUUGACCUGGCCCUCAUCAACUUCCUCUUCCUCAUCUUCAUGGUCCCCUCCACUCUGCUCUUCCUGCAGGAGGAUUUCUCCUGCUCCUCCAUGAUGUCCCCAGCAUCCAUACGCUUCCUUUUUCUCCUCUUCCUGAUGUUCCACAGCGUAGGGCUGUACCGGCUGAGCAUCAGCAUCGAGAGGGGCAGGUCCAUGCUCUGCCCACCUGGGCUCUUCUGCCACCUUCCCAAGGGCCUCUCAUGGGUGGUGGUCAGUGCCAUACUCUGGGCCCUUUCCAUCACUGCCAUCGCUGCCAUUUCUGCGGUGAAUUCCCUGUGCCAGUCACAGGAACACAAGCUCUGCUGCCGCGGGGCUCUCAUCUCCUUAUACAUUCUCAACUUCCUCAUCUUUACUCCAUCCAUGGUCAUUUCCAGCACAAUCCUCUUCAUUCACUUCAAGGGCAGCUCCCAGCAGCAGCAAUCCAAGAGCCUUGACAUCAUUGUCUUCCUGGCUGUGCUCCACUCUCCCCUCAGUCUCUGGAAUUUCCUGCAGCAGCUCGGCUACACCACUGUGUCCUCCCGGGUUGUUCUCCUGUUUGCCUGCAUGCACAGCAGCAUCAACCCCUUCAUCUACAUCUCAGUAACAAAGUGCUGGAGGUGCUGCUCCAUGGGGUCCCUCAGGGAGUGCCUCCAGAAGGUGUUUGAGGAGCCAGAAGGGAGCACUGCCCCCAGUAAUGAUGCCACCAUGGACAGGGGGAUCUGAGCCUGUUGAACACUUCAGUGCCCCCAUGCAGGACCAUGGGGCAGUGACUGAAGUUUUCCUUGAGCCUGCAGAUUAUUAAACAUCCAUGCUAUCACCCUCCUGCUCUAUAUUCCUGCAGGAAAAGGGAGCAGGGACAUUUGACAAGGGCCAUGUGUUAGGCAUGCUCUGCACAGAGCACAUUGGAGCAUGAUUGGAGCUUUGACCCUCCCUCACAGGUCCUGGAGCACUUUAGCCCCAAAUGCAUCCUUCCCAACACGGCUGUGACCCCAGAAUUCCCCCUGGCACCUGGUUCCUGCAUCCCACUGAGGUCUGAUAUCAAUAAACAGCACCGUGAACCCCGAACUGCCUUUGCCCCCUCUGCCAGCGCUUCCCGGCUUCCUCUGGCUGCUGCUGCCAGCCGGGAAUGUGUCUGGAGGGAGGGGACAGAGAGGUGGUUAGCCAGGAAUUCUGUGACUGUUUUGAAAUUUAAUAACAAACUAUGUUUAUUUAGUCAAGGCAUAAUUGACUGUGGUUUUUUACCUGCUUUUGAUUUAGAUCUGUAUUGGCUGAGUGUCAGUAGAAAACUCAAUUGACCCAUAGCCCUUCGAGAUUUGAGUCAAGAGUUGGGGAACAAAAUUAAAUAAAGUAUUUUUAAUGAUUUUCAUAUAAAUAGAAAUUAAUUGGACAUCAUAGAAUAAGAAUGAUAUCUUGAGAGAAUUAGGAUUUCAGAGGACAAUACGUACAAGAAGACUUAGUUAAUAAAUUGCAAGAGAUAAAUUGCAAUGGCAAUAAGAGAGCUAUUUCCUAGGCUUGUGCACCUCAGAAAACUUAAUUUG